GUCAGGGAUAUGUGAGUAGUCUCACUUCCGGAAACAAAAAAAACACGCACGGAUUUCGUAGUGUCGAGUCAAUGUUCUUACUAUGAAAUGGUGCUGGAGUUUGCAUCAAAGUGAUCCAAAUAUUACAGAGAAAACGAGACAGCAAAGUAAAGGAAGGAAAAGUGCUAUUUCUUAGCUUGAACUCGACUGUGGCUCAAUAAGCUGCCAGAGCGGAUUCGUCAGCUGCAUAAGUUACGUAUGGCGCACAUGGCAUCGCAUCGUCUUUGUUUUUACACGUAGCAUUUAGUGAUUUGCCUUACGUUAGAAGUCAUAAGAGAUUCAUGAGAGGCACCAGCUACAGGAGAAUAACAUGAUCCAGUUGAGUGCAGUAGCGCUGCUGUUCCUGUUCUGGGGAGCUGUUUACGCCGCCGACAUUCUGAUUCUGUCCUCCAGUUACAGCAGGAGAUAUGAACGUUUCCUCCAUCACUCUGGUCUGUCUGUGUCACCGGGCCAGGUCCGCUGGUACACCGCCGGUCUGAACCGGACGUUUGUACGCCUCGCCAGCUGGCAGUCACACUGGCAGCGAACGUGGUUCUCCGCAGGGGUGUGGUUCGCUUACGCGGCGAUGGUCGGGUCUAUCGUACUGCUGGUUGGUACGCUGGUGCAAAGUGUGAGGAACUUAACCAGGGCUCCUGAGGAAAGGACACAACAGAUACUGGUGCCUGUGAUGCCAGGUGUCAACUUGCCCUGGAACCACAUGGUGUACUUUGCUGCCACCUUGCUGCUGGCUGGGGUACUGCAUGAACUUGGCCAUGCCAUUGCUGCAAUUAGAGAACAGGUCCGGGUGAACGGAUUUGGGAUCUUCUGUUUCAUCAUCUACCCUGGAGCCUUUGUGGACCUGUCUACAGAACACCUGGACAGUGUGUCAGCUAAACAAAAACUGAGAAUCUUCUGUGCGGGUGUGUGGCACAACUUUGUCCUGGUUCUUAUGGCACUGGUUCUACUGAUGUGCAUGCCGUACCUGCUACUCCCACUGUACAGCACAGGGCAGGCUGCUGUGGUCACUGGGCUAGUGGAGGGAACUGCUGUCUCAGGACCUAGGGGACUUCUUUUGGGUGAUCAUGUGACCAGGAUGGAUGACUGUCCAAUCAAGAGCAAGGAGGACUGGGAGCAGUGCAUCCUGGGUGUUCUUCACUCACCACACAGAGGGUUCUGUCAGUCUGCAGAUCACAUAGAACAUUUCAACACAGCUGUUAAAGUUGACAAGACAGUACAUGGUGUAGUAGAGUGCUGUAACACCAACACCAGUCUGAGUGAGCUGUGUUUCACCUAUCAACGCUCCAACCUCUCAGCACAGAACCAUGCGUGUCUGCCUGCCAGAACGACUGCCUCUGGUCCUGUGUGUAGGACCAACUCUGACUGUCUGACAUCAGGACAUCACAAGCUGUCCCAGCCACACAGUGUGUUCUGUCUGUUCCCUGCCCUGGACAACAACACACGGCUAGUCAGGGUCACACAGGGCAGAGAUCCUCCCAUGCUGUUCCUUGGAAAUCCAUGGGAACUGUUUUAUCAUGCCAAGGUGAGCAGCUACAUGCCCAGGUUUGACUUCCUACUGUUGGAGUUACCAGAGGUGCUGGAAACCUUCUGCAAAUACCUCAUCUCGCUAUCUGGAGCCUUGGCAGUGCUGAAUGUUGUCCCGUGCCACGCCCUGGAUGGGCAGUGGAUUCUCUCAGCUCUUGUCGACUUACAACUGGGAAAACUCCUACCCAAUAGGAGAGACAGAGACACUGUGGCAACACUUGUUUCCUUAUUUGGCACUGUGUUGCUCGGGGCUAACAUAGCAUUAGCAUUAUGGAGCCUAAUAUUUAGAUGAUAUUGUCUUAUUCUUUUAUUUUUAGACUCUUACAAUUUAGAUUGGUCAAUAGUAAUUGUGCUACAGUGCAAAAUGAGGCAUGCCACAAGUCAACAUCAUUACAGAUAUACAUGUAUGCUAGAAUAAUAUUUGUUAAGGCGAGAAGCAAACAUUAUGAGAAAACGUCAGCAAAUAGCACAGAAUUAUUCUUUAUUGAAACAUUUUUGGCAGCUGUGCUGCCCAUUUUGACAAAACUAUUCUAUUUCAAGUAUUUGUAUAUCUAGACUG